GGUGGCACACACGGACGUCUCUCCCGUAUCGCAGCUUCCUCUCCAAGCUCUGUGGAUCGAGGUCGUCACGGCCGUCUACCAACGCCGUUCUUUGUCUCUUCCAAUAAGCAGCAUUGACGCGAUGCAGGAAUCGAACAAGGCGCCGGAGCCGGUUGCGAAGAUGCGCAAUUCAGCGGCGGCAAGAAGACAACGACGAGGUCGCUCUCUGUGUUUUAUCAUUAUUUUCCAAUAUAAUUCAUCCGUGCUUUAUCCAUCCGAUGCUUCGGUGAAUCAUGGCCUCUCUUCUCCCGCACCCGCCCAUUCUGAGAUCUCUUCCGUCUUCCUUCACUGCCCCAAUUAAGCCUGUCAAGUCAUCUACUUUCGCCAUAAACCAUCCUCCGAAGAAACCACAGAUCCAUCUUCCUCAAUUAUCCUCCCUUUGCGAAAAAGGUCUGCUUCGGGAAGCAUUCGCCCUCGUCACUCAAUUCCAGUCGGAGAGCGAUCUCCCUCUCGCCCCCGAAAUUUAUGGUGAACUUCUGCAGGGAUGCAUCUACGAUCGAGCUCUGCCUCAAGGUCAGCAGAUCCAUGCCCGGAUACUGAAAUUUGCCAUGAUUGGAUUGCGCUGCCAACUUGGUUUGGAUGAAGAGGCUUUGGUGGGUUUUGUGGAAAUGCUGGAAGCUGCUUGUCUUCCUGACAAUUUCGUGAUCCCUAAUGCCCUAAAGGCGUGUUCUUCGCUUCAAUGCAUUGGUUUUGGCAGAGGGAUCCAUGGCUACGCGCUGAAGAUGGGUUUCGGGUCUUGUGUCUACGUUCUGAGCAGUCUUGUUGAUUUUUAUGGAAAAUGCACGAUCUUAGGAGACGCUUGGAAGGUGUUCGAAGAAAUGCCGGAGAGAAAUGUGAUUACCUGGAAUGCCAUGCUCGUGGGCAAUGCUCACAAUGGUUUGAAUCUUGAGGUACUGGAACUAUUUCAUCAUAUGAGGAUCGAAGGAAUCCAACCAACUCGAGUUAGCAUUUCGUGUUUGCUAUCCUCAUCUGCUAACCUUGAAGCUCUUGCUGAAGGCAAACAAGGUCAUGCUGUGGCAAUCCUCAUGGGUCUAGAACUGGACAAUAUCCUUGGUAGCUCCCUCAUAAACUUUUAUUGUAAGGCAGGGUUAAUUGAGGAUGCAGAGUGCCUCUUCAACAGGAUGGCCGACCGAGAUGUAGUAAUUUGGAACUUGCUAGUAUCUGGCUAUGUGCAGGAUGGACAGAUUGGCCAUGCACUGACUACUUGCUCCCAGAUGAUUCAAGAGAAUUUCAAAUUCGAUUCAGUUACUCUGACAAGCAUCAUAUCAGCCGCUGCCAUUUCUAACGAUCUAUCUCUCGGCAAAGUUGCUCAUAGCUACUGCAUCAGGAAUAAUCUUGAUUCAGAUCUUGCAAUUGCAAGUAGCAUCGUUGACUUGUAUGGUACUUUUGGGAGGGUAGACAAUGCACGGCGAGUGUUUGAUCUGAUUACAGAUUCAAGAGAUCUGGUGAUGUGGAAUACAAUGAUAUCUGCUUAUGCACACAAUGGCUUGAGCAGUGAGGGUUUGAACCUUUUCUAUCAGAUGCAGCUAGAAAGUGUGCAUCCUAAUGUAAUCUCAUGGAACUCACUUAUACUUGGUUUUCUUCGAAACAGUCAAGUUGAUGAGGCUUUAGCUAUGUUUGCGGAGAUGCAAAACAACGGAGUGCACCCAAAUAUAAUCACAUGGACUAGUCUCAUUCAUGGCUUAGCAGAGAAUGGAUAUGGUCGUGAAGCAAUAAAUUUAUAUUUUCAAAUGCAAACAGCUGGUAUCAGACCCAAUCCUACUAGCAUCGUAGGACUGCUUUUAGCUUGCACAAAUCUAUCCUCGUUACACAACGGAAGGAUGAUUCAUGGGUAUAUAACCAGACACAGGCUUGUUCUAUCCCCGUACAUCGCGACAUCUCUUAUAGACAUGUAUUCAAAAUGUGGAAGUAUAGAUCUUGCCGCAAAUGUAUUCAGGAUGGUCUCCCAUAAGACACUAACUGUUUACAAUGUUUUGAUAUCGGGGUACGCUUUACAUGGGAAGGCAAAAGAAGCUCUUACACUAUAUGAUGACAUGUGCGAAAGGCGGAUAACACCAGAUGGAUUCACCUUUACUGGACUUCUUUCUGCGUGUGCACAUGCAGGGGCUUUUGCUGAAGGUAUUAGGAUUCUCACUGUGAUGGUCUCAGUACAUGAUCAAACUCCCCAAAAGGAACACUAUGGCUGUCUAGCUGCUCUACUUGCACGCCAUGGAAGAAUCAAGCAAGUGUUUGGUGCUUUAUCUGCAACUUCCAUUGCACUUGACGCAUAUACUUUGACAUCUUUGCUUACUUUGUGUAAAGAAAAUCGUGAUAUAGAGUUCUCAGAAGAUCUUUCAGGGCACAUACUUGACUUGGAACCAGAUAAUGUUUCAAACUAUGUUGCGCUAGCGAACCUGUAUGCUCGAUCUGGAAGGUGGAAGGAGGCAUCACAUGUGAGAAUGCUUAUGAAACAGGGGGGAAUGAAGACGAACCCUGGUUGCAGUUGGAUUCAGACAGGAGGCGAAACUCAUGUAUUUACAGCCGCUGAUCAAUCUCAUCCCCAGUUUGCUGAUAUAGCGAGGGCAUUGUUAUGCUUGGACAAACAAAUGAAGAACAUUGGUUGUUCAUCUUCCAUUGACAAAUUGGGACAAACUCAUGUCAAUCAAGGUUCUCUGUGCCAUUGAAGUUCAACUUCUUGCAUGUUUGGAUCCUAAAUUUUGAAACAAGAAUAUCAGAUGAGUAAGUUGCUCAAACAACCUGUAAGGAAAUUUGAUAACCUGAAUAGUUUAGGAUGCAACCACAAUUACAAAGAAGUACAAAAGCUAGAAUUAGAUUGUUAGUUGAAUACGAAAUGGCGGCCAGUGAAUGCGGAUAAGAUAACAGUGGUAAUACAAGAUGGGUAUGACAAAGGUGAAAUCCGUCAUCUGACGGUUCUCC